AUGCAGCGCAAGAGCUACGCCGCGCCCGUCUCGUUCACAUCGAUCGCACCGACGUACGUUCGGCGACUCAUCUACUCGGAGCUCACGUCGGUGCCACACGCGAUUUCCAAUCUUCGGAGCACGCGGCCCGAGUGGGUCUUUCGCAUGAGCACGCAGUUUUGCUGGGUCGACUUCAACCAAACAUUCGAGGUGGCACAUACGCUCGCGCGUCAAGCGCGCUGUCGCCGUUUGUACGCCUCGAACGGGGCUGUUUACUACGAAUCCAUUCUGCGCAACGUCCAGUGGGACGCCUUUAUGAGCGUCUGGGGCGGACCCACGGGUUAUUUUACCGUGACGCUGGAAGCAACGCUGCAGUUGUCGGCCGCCGGUCGCCACUGGCUCGCGACAACAUCGACCAACACCCUCUCGAUGGCAGACGAAGUUGCGUUCUGGACGUCGUUUAACGUCACAUCCUUUGAGCUCGCGUGGCAAAACCGGUGGCAGGCGAGUAUCUCCGAGACCAUGAACGUCCAGAGUGCGCUCGGUACGCAGCAUACCGUGACACUCAAACAUUGGCCGCGUGAGAACGGACCAUGGUCGUCGUGGAUCUACAUGUGGAUUCCGUUGGACGACGUCUAUGUCCUGCAGCAAGUCGGCGCCAGUGCGAUCCGCGGUGCCACCAACUUUUACGACCCCAAAUUCUUUGCUUUCGAGUCGCACGCGGCACUGGCGAAUGUGAAUGGCACAUACGAUGGCCGUGCUGGCGUCGUACAUGCAACCCUCGGGCCGUUCUUGUCGUUUGAUACGAUUUAUGUGCCCGUGCCGGCAUCGCUGCUUGCGUUCUUCAAUGCACUGGAUGCGUAUCUGGCAAAGCAGCCACCCGGUGUUCUGUCCUUGACGACCUCCGGCGCCUUGACCCCCCGCCCCCCCGCGUGGCGCAACCAAACGCGCUUGUAUGGGGGUAGCCUCCUUUGUCUUCACAACACUGGCACGAGCUAUGUCCAAUCACCCUUUGAUUUUGACGACCCAUGUCUCUUUCCGUCGGCCUUCCGCGUCGGGUACGAUGCAUCGAUGCUCGUGUUUGCACAACUUUUGUACGGUGUGCCGUUAAGCUCCGACGCAUCCGACGUCUGCCGUCUCCAAUCGUCGAGCGCUUGCCUGCCCGCACUCAACAAGGCGUCUGCGAGCGUGACCGCGCUGUCGCCACUGCCGCCAGACCUCGUGCGCACUAUACCAGACGCGGUAGCGACCGUUAAAGCGCUUGACCUGCGCCUCAUUCAGUUUGCGAAGAGCCCCGAGUGGACGCUGCUACAGCAGCCGCUUCUGGACGACACAUCUUGGUCGGUCUAUGGCUGGCUGUGUAUCUACGAUUGGGUCAUUGGUCGCCGCGAAGUCGUGUCGUUUGAAGGCGAUGUAAGGACAUUGCACCUCAUUUCCAACCGGUACACACCCCGCGUCAUGGCGACGAGUGGUGACGGGCAAUACCUCGAGGCGACGACGAAGCUGGCGCUCUACCUCUCGGCCUACGUCAGCAUCACACUCGCUAGUGUCGGGUUGCUCACUUUUCUCUACGGCGCGACGAUUCAGUUUCAUAUCGUGGGACGGAACCUCGCCUACUUCAACGCCGUCGCCGGCGCGAGUUGGGUGGGCCGCCCGCUGCUGUUUGCCCGCGGGUCCACGGCGAUUCUCGUGCUCAGUACGUCGCCCAUGGAGCUGCUGGCGAACAGCACGACGUCGUCACAGCUUGUCUUGGUGCCGCGCCCGGUCCUCACCCGCCUCGUUCUCUGCAGCGAGGCGGCGUGGGUCGCCACGAUGCUCAAUGACAUCUUUCUCUUGAUGACACCGGCCUUGGCAUCCGUGUACGCACCCAUCGCUUCGCUACUGGCGCUGACGGCAACGUUUGCACUCGAGAGCGCGGCACCGGUCGCGACCGCUGCCAACUUCAACCGCACGUGUCGCAGCCACGACAUGGACUACGCGAUCGAGUGUGCAUCGGGCACCAUCUCUAUUGGCGAUUCGUCUCGGAUGUUCCUUCUCUACGGCGUCCAGGUCACGUCCGUUCUGAUUGCGCUUACGUUGGCCUAUGUUGGCUCCUGUCGACGGAGAAGCGCCUCGGCGCUCUCGUCGUGCCACGUCAUGGUAUCCGGCGCCGCCACCGCCUUUCUGCACCCGAUUCCGACAGUGCACUCGGACACGUGGCGCCUUGACGACGCGUCGAGUGCCAUGUGCGGUCUCGUGCCGCUGUGGUGUCGAGGCCAACGCUAUGUAUUUGAUUUGAAACUCUGGAGGGUAUUGUCGUCCUCGUCGAGCGAGACCACCGACAAGGCGGCGCUCGCAACCACCUCGGCGUCGCCGUACUUGACUUUAACGCCCAUCCGCGUCGGCUUCGAUCGCCUCUCGGUGCUCUUGGGUCUUGUCUACAUGUGCUUUUCUAUUGCUGGCAGCGUCUCGUACCUCGCGGUCUCCAACGUCACGUUGGCCAACGACAUGCUCUGGGCCGGCUUCAACCUCUCGGGGCCCCAUGCGUUUCUGGCGACGUGGAUCAACCAUCAGUUUCUGCUUGAAAACACGCACGCGCAUCUUGCCCUGGACGCGCCACACGUCAAUUGGGACGGAUCGUUCACAAGAGACCCGCCGUUCCUCCACGUGUCGCCACUGGCCGGCGCCAUGACGCAGCAACGCCUGCGAACGUCGCUCGUCGCCAUUGUGCAUGGCAUGCGCGGCCUCGACGGCUGUGACGCGCCGUGGGUCUUUGUUCCGUACUGCUUUCUCGACCUCCAACGGCAUUGGACGAUGGCGAUCUCGGACGCGCGGCAAGCGCGCUGCGACACGAUGGCAGCCAAUGGCGCCGUGUACUUGGAGCCGCUGCUUCGAAACGUGCAUCUGACGAGCUGGACGACGUGCUGGAGCGACGCGUUUGAGCUCACGAUCGGGCGUACGCUGCGCAACUCGAUCCUCGGACACAGUUGGCUCGCGACGACACUUCACGCGCGCAGCAAUCUCUCGGCGGUGCUCGAAGCGUCGUACUGGCGCGCCCACGGCAUCCAACUUUUUGAGACCCAGUGGCAAAAUUACAAGCGCGUUGGGCUUCUCAAUAGCUACGCGGUCACCAAUGCACUUGGCGUGACCUACCCGUUUACGCUCCAGUCGCUCAACGGCACGUACGGCCGCCAUUCGGCGACGACACUCAAAAUGUACUGGAGCUUUGCGAACGACCUUUUGCACGCGGUGGUCGUGAAUGCCACGUCGUCAGACGGCACGAGCUUACUGCGCUCGGAUGCAUCGUUUCUCUACACCAACACAUCGUUGGAGGCGACGCUUGUCCAAGAAGGCGUCCUCGCGUGGCCCCUCGACAACGGUUUGGACCUUGUCCGGCAGCGCCUCGGGCCCUUUGGCACUAUCGACAUGCACUUGGUUGCGUGCCCGAAAAGCCUCCUCGACACCAUUCGCAGCAUCUCGGCCAAUGUGCGUGACGCAGUCCGGCGUCAGCAGAACGUGCAAGACCUCUACUUCAACAUGACGCUUGUGGAUGCGAUUCAUGCAGUGCCGCAGUCUUGGCUCGACGCGAAACUCAUGCAGUUUGGUGCUUCGAUCCUAUGCCCGGCACAUCCACCGACGAUCAACCAACCUGUUUACGGUGGCACGCUCAUGGCGUUCACUUUGGACGGGAGCGAGUGCCCAACAGACAUCACAUCCAAGCUGUACCCGUCCGCGGACAUGCUCUUGGCAGCCGCCGUGCUUACCAACCUCUCGGCGAUGACGCAUAACACCCUCGCAGACAUCUGCGGCCACGACAGAAUCAAUGGCGCGGCCUGUUUACAGUACCUUCCUGAUACCUUGCGGGUACUGGACGCGAUUCCCCCCAUGGUGCUGCCGAACCUCAGUCAAGCGAUCGCAGACACAUGGCAGCUCGGCGUGGGUAUGGUCACCUAUGCACGACGACCGCCGUCAACGACGCUCACGCUCGAGCACGCGCGGCUUCUGAGCGAGGAGGACCCCUUUUACGCCUUUUUCGGCUGGUGUUCGCUCUUUGACUGGGCGAUCGGGCACCGGCAAGUGGUUCAGUUCCAAGGCGACAAUGGCACCCUCACGCUCCUCUCCGAGUACAUUGAGCCUGUCGCGCAGGCGACCUUGAGCUGGCAACUGCCCCAAAGCGCUGCGCGAUACGCCUACAUUGGCACGACGUACGUCACGUACUGUCUUUUGGGGCUCGCGGCCGUCACGACGGGGUACAUUCUUCGGAGCUAUGGCCACGUGGAAGGCUGGAACAUGGCCACGCUCAACUCGGUCGGUGGCAUGGUCUGGGUGGGCCGCCCGCUCUUGUUGCUGCGCAGUAUGACGGCCAUGAGCCUCCUCUCGACAAGUGCUUUGGACUUGGAUUUUGACGGGCGCAUCUCUGGCUUUACUGCGUCGCACAACCCGUGGUAUACCACUUGGCUCGCCGCGAGCGAAGUCACGUGGCUUGUCGCCGUCGUCAAUGACGUGGCCAUGGCGGUGACGCAAGCCUACACGAUCUACUACGCGACGUUCAAUUUGGCGAUCGUGUGGCUUGUCGCGGCCGUCCUCAGUAUUCAUUACCCCGUCAAACACGCGGCCUCGCUCCUUCCGACGUGCAGGAUUGAGAAACUCGACUGGCAGCUUGUGUGCGAGAGCGCGUCGCUCCAAAUCGGGCAUCCCACCCGGCUGAUCACGCUCGUCGGCACAGUCUUUAGCUGCAACGGUCUCUGCUAUCUCGCGACGCGGCUGGUGUGGUACUAUCGCCGAGCGGCAGAUCCAACGGGUGCGACCCACUCACUCCUCUUGUACGCAGGCGCCAAGUACCUCUAUACGACCGACCGAUGGCUCUACAACGGCGUCUACUACCUUGAUCGCGCCUCGGCCGUGCUCAACGGAAUCCUCACACUGCGCUGGCGAGGCGUCUUGUACGCCUGCGACAUCAAAAUGUGGCGCAUCCUCACGGUAUCCCUGCCGACGACGUGGGACGUGCCGGACGCCCACCCGCUUGCCAAAGCGUCGAAAAUGGCUAUGCCGCUUCGAUUCUGA